AUAUUAAAUAAUGCUAUGCCGAAGGAAAAACCCUGGGCCUCAUCAACCUUAAACCCUGAAGCCUUCCUCUUUGUUUCUCCUCCAAACCCCAAAUAUAAUUUGCGUCAAAGGAUUCAAAGGGUAAUGCAGAGGUGCUUGUUGUCUUCUUCUACUACUUCUUGUGCAGCACUGCGUCUUCACCCAGUGAUGCCCAAGUUGGAGACAGUCGAGAUUAUUUCUUUAAGACCAUCUCACCUUAAAUUUAGGAAACUCAGACCACCUUCAAGGCUCAUGCCUAGCUACCCAAAACUUGGUCAACACUUGAAUCUUUUCACAACUCUUCACAGUACCUCUACAUAUGCUUUGCUACCCAACCACUUAACUUAUGCACUACCUCGUAAUAGAAAUAUAAUCUCUACAUGUGCUUCUUUCAAUCGUAUCAGAUCAUCCUCAGCAUGUGUGCCUCUUUCCAUAAAGUUUUUUUCUCAAUCCCCUCGAUUGCCAACCAAGAAUGAUAGUAUGGGUGUCAGAGAUGGAAGGAGUAGUGGCUUCAGAGGGUUCAAUAGGCAUUGGAAGAAGCCAAAGGGAGUGGCUGCUCUCAAUGCGAUCAAGGGUGCACCUUUCCGAUCACCUACUUCAACUUCACUGCUUAGCAAUGCUAAGCUGGACCCUACUUCAACUUCACUUCUUAACAAUACUAAUCCGGGCUCUACUUCAACUUCACCGCUUACCAAUGUUAAGCCAGAAUCUAAAGUUAGUCUGCAAAAGAAAAAGCAGUUAAGAAGCAAGAAAAACAAGGAACCGAUUUCUACCACUGUUGUUUCAGAUGAAGCGCCUGUGGUGAAUGGCUCUAAAACAGCUUCUCCAGGAUGGACCUCUAAUAAUAGCAAAAAUGGCCAGCGUCACAUGCCGGCGUCAGAGAGAAAUUCAACUGGGAAAUUACGCACUGAAGCCCAUGAUGGUUCUGCUUCAACAGAACUGCAGUCCAAAACGAAAAGUAGGAGCUCCAGUAGAAAAAGACAACCAAUGAAAGCAGUUAAUGAGCCAGCUCAGAAACAGACACCACAACAUAUAUCACAGGGACAAAGGCCAUUAAAGCAGCUAUAUCCUCCCACUGGGAAGUCUGUUAUGGUGGUUGAGUCUGUCACAAAGGCAAAGGUGAUUCAGGGAUACCUUGGUGAUACGUUUGAAGUCUUGCCUAGCUAUGGUCAUGUUAGGGACCUGGCUGCUCGGUCAGGAUCUGUGCGACCUGAUGAUGACUUUAGCAUGGUAUGGGAGGUUCCUAGUGCUGCAUGGACACAUCUUAAGAGCAUUAAGGUUGCACUAAGUGGAGCAGAAAAUCUUGUUCUUGCAUCAGACCCAGACCGUGAAGGAGAGGCUAUUUCUUGGCACAUCUUUGAGAUGUUGCAACAACAGGAUGCUUUAGGUGAAAAACUUAAUGUAGCAAGAGUUGUCUUUAAUGAAAUAACUGAGGCAUCCAUCAAAAGUGCUCUGCAAGCACCACGAGAUAUUGAUGUUAACUUGGUUCAUGCUUAUCUUGCUAGACGCGCUCUUGAUUAUCUGAUUGGGUUUAACAUUUCACCACUAUUAUGGAGAAAACUACCUGGUUGCCAGUCGGCUGGACGAGUGCAAUCAGCUGCCCUGUCUCUUAUUUGUGACAGAGAAAUGGAAAUUGAUGAGUUUAAGCCACAGGAGUAUUGGACUAUUGAGGUUCUGUUGAAAAUUGAAGAAUCAAAUGUUCCAGUAAAAGAUCAUUCUUUCCCUGCACACUUGACUCAUUAUAAUUCAAAGAAGUUAGGCCAAUUCUCAAUCAGCUCAGAUACAGGGGCGAAGGAUAUUGAACAGAAGAUUAAUUUGGAAAACUUUCGAGUGAUCAGCACUAAAAGAAACACAAUGCGAAGAAACCCUCCCACCCCCUAUAUAACAUCAACACUUCAGCAGGAUGCUGCUAACAAAUUAAAUUUUCCUGCAACAUAUACGAUGAAGCUUGCUCAGAGACUUUAUGAGGGGAUUCAAUUGUCAGAUGGUAAGGCAGCCGGUCUGAUAACAUACAGCAGAACAGAUGGACUACAUAUUUCUGAUGACGCUGUUAAGGACAUUCGCUCCUUGGUUAUGGAAAGACAUGGAUCGAGUUUUACCCCAGAAAGUGCUCGCAAGUAUUUUAAGAAGGUGAAGAAUUCUCAAGAGGCUCAUGAAGCAAUUAGACCCACCAAUAUUCGGAGGUUACCAUCAAUGCUUGCUGGAGUACUUGAUGAAGAUUCAUUGAAGUUGUACACUCUUAUUUGGUCAAGGACUAUGGCUUGUCAAAUGGAACCUGCAACCAUAGAGCAGAUACAACUUGAAAUUGGGAAUAGUGAUGAGUCCAUCAUUUUCCGAUCUGCAUGCUCAAGAGUAGAGUUUCUUGGAUAUCAGUCUGCUUAUCAGGAUGUUGAAGCUGAAACAACCAAAUUUAAAAAUAAUGAGCCAAAUGAGCAUGCUGAGGCUUUUGGAAUUCUUAGUUCCUUGAAGAAAGGGGAUCAAUUGUAUCUUGGUGAAGUAGAGCUCAAGCAACAUCAUACUCAGCCUCCAGCACGCUAUUCUGAAGGAUCAUUGGUUAAGAAACUGGAGGAACUUGGGAUUGGAAGACCUUCAACAUAUGCAUCUACGUUGAAAGUUUUGCAGGAUAGAAACUAUGUGACAGUGAAAAAUCGUGUACUAUAUCCUGAAUUUCGGGGUCGCAUGGUAUCAGCAUUUCUCUCACACCAUUUUUCCGAGGUCACUGACUACAGUUUUACUGCUGAUAUGGAGACAGAGCUUGACAAUGUUUCUGCUGGCUUAACUGAAUGGAAAGGCCUACUCAGGGACUACUGGACACGUUUCAGCUCGUAUUGUAGCCGUGUUGAGAAUGUUCAUAUUCAUCAGGUGGAAAAGAUGUUGGAAAAGACAUUUGGAGAUUUCUUGUUUGCUUCUCUCCCUAAUAAAAAUAGGAUGUGUCCAAGUUGCAUGGACGGAACAUUAAUUUUCAAAGUAAGUAGGUUCGGUGCAGGCUAUUUUAUAGGGUGUAACCAACAUCCAAAGUGCAAGUAUAUUGCUAAGACAUUAUAUGGUGAUGAGGAGGAAGAAGAGAGCCCUCAAAAGGGCAACUCUGUUGAGGAGCCGAAAUUGUUAGGCCUUAAUCCAGGGUCCAAUGAAAAGGUUUUCUUAAAGAAUGGCCCUUAUGGAUACUAUGUACAGCUUGGUGAAGACAGGAUGGGUUAUUUACCUAAGCGAUCCUCUGUUUCUCAUAUAAAGAAUGUGGACUCUAUCACCCUUGAAGAUGCUCUCGAGUUGCUACGAUACCCUGUGACAUUGGGAAAACAUCCUAAGGAUGGGCACCCUGUGAUAUUGAAGCUUGCAAAGGUCGGAUUUUCAGUUCGCCAUCGACGCACCAUUGCUUCUGUUCCUAAGAGUAUGAAGCCGAAAGAUGUCACCCUAGAGAAAGCAUUGGAGCUUUUGUCAAGUAAAGAUGUGAGACGAUCUGGGCGACCAAAGAACAAACCAAAGGUUGAAGAAGCUUGUAACCUAGAGGAGCAGAAGCUUUUGGGAUGAGUAGAAGCUUUUUCGUGACUGCUUGCCUGUGGAAAUAGGCAUCUCCAGGUUCAUUUGACAGAAACAGAGGUGUGAAUAAUUGGCAUAGCAAUGAUAAAUUAGGUUGUAAGGUAGGCCAAUUUUGUAGGGUUGGCUUAAAUAUAUAAAUGGUUUUUUUUCUUGAUUUCUGAUUGAUAAUUGGACUGAAAGUGUUUGUAUUUGAAAAAAUGUAAAAAUAAUAUGAUGAGGCCUAUAUAAUGAUAAAAAAAAAAAUUCAAUCUUUAUGGACAUUAUACUCUG